AUGCCUGAAUCCCCCAGAGAGAAGAUACCAGACGAGGAUGAUACAGCGGAGGCUCCAUUGACCAUGGCUGCUUCUGUCGUGUUGACACAUCUACCCCGCGAUGCUUCGAAGGCUCUCGAGACGGCGGGGAACGUGACGGUCGGGAAGAUAACCGUCCGUCUGCAACCAAUCGGCUCAGCACCCCAUCUCACGCAGCGCGUCUUCAAGCUCUCUACAAAUCAGCGUUUCGAGACUAUCGUCCGCUUUCUGCGCAAGAGGUUGGGAGUCAAGGAGCAUGAGAGCGUGUUUUGUUAUAUUGGGAAUGUUUUCUCUCCAGCGCUGGAUGAAGGUGUGGGGAAUUUGUGGACGAAUGACGAACUCGUUGUGGGGUAUGCUAUGUCGCCUGCUUUUGGAUGA